AUGACAACCACAACGCCACCAUCCUGGUUACUCCCCAGUCUCUUUGAAUUCUCUCGUUUCCGCGGGACUGCACCUCCGACAUGGCAGGUGGUCUUUAUCUGCCCCAUGGAGGACACAGAGCGUGUUGCGAUGAUGACAGAACUCAGCUCCGUGGAUGAAAACUGGCCAGAUCGUCCUUCGACGGAACUGCGGCAGAUGGUAGAGAUUCCGUGGUUGAUGGACUGCGUGCCGCCAACAUCGGUGAUCUUCAUGAUACUCAAGAAUGAUCCAGUCAUAUUCAUCGACGACCAGUCUCGCAUAGAUCAUACAGCGAUCAUCGCCUGGAAGGCGUCCAAGGAAUCCUCCCCCGAAGCUGCGCGGGUGCCGCUUAGCCGGGCCAAUAUGCUGCUAGCCGUGGUGGCUGAGGGUGGUAUACUACCACCGACAUACCCCCGCAUCCAGCCCGAGCGGAGUCAAGAACCGACAUUCAAGGAACCCAACGGUGUCCUCCCACCGCAUCUAUCAGGGCUACAGCUCGACCCGUCCACCCCGACUCUAAUCUCACUCAUCCACCUCCCGCCAGUUGUCCAGGAGAACCUCGAGACGAUGAUCGGUCAACGCAUCAUUAUCCACAACUGGCCGCCCCACCAAGAGCCCUGCUCCCGCGCGCAGCUCUACCGCAUGUUCCAGGCGCUGAAGAUCCGCCAUCCAGAGAUCGACGAGGCCUUCGCGCUCUUCAUCGACGAAGACGACGAAGGCUACCACGUCGUCCGCGCCAGGGGCGCCAGCGGGUACAGCGUGUUCGACCCGCGGGACAAACGUCUGGAGCUGGGGAUCCUACCCUUCGAGAAGGUCCAAGACUUCUGGACGGCCGCCUGGCACCCACACUCCCGGACCCCAAGCCGCAUGCCCCGGGGCCCCUACCGCUACAACCCGGCCAUGUACGGCCUGCACGCGCACAGCGGCGGCGGGGAACCCAUCGUCGACCCGGACGACAUCGCCGGCAGCCUGGGCAGCGACGUGAUCUUCGUGCUCGAACGCAUGACGCCAUCCGAGCUCCGCCGGAUCCGCACGGAACUGUUCCCGUGCCCCGACCAGGAGUACAUGUGGGUCGACGUCGCGGACCGACUGGUCUCCCCGGACAUGCAGGGCCUGCUGGCGUACUUCGAGACCUCCGGGGAAUUCGCCCACCGCAACAACCGCCCGCCGCUGCAGUUCCUGGCUGUUGACCGCCGGACGCUGGCGGAUGCGAUGGAGCCGGCCGAUGAGCGGGAGGACUGGGAGGCGAUCAUCGUCGCCUCGCACGAGGGCGGCGAUGUCUGGUUUCAUGACGGGACGGCGCGUUCGUUUGGACACCUCUCCACGGGGUAUGGAUACGAGCGGAGGAAUCUGGAAGAGGCGGAGGGGGUCUAUGUGAAUGUGAAUAUUUCGAAUAUGAGCUGGUCAGAGAUGUGUGAGCGGUCCCCGGUGGUCCAUUGGAGUGCGUACCGGGCGUGGGCGGAGAAUCCUGAGACGGAAAGCUUCGCGCGGUCUUUCGGCCCGCAGGGGAUGCAGGUUUCUGAGUCGGGGGUUUCCAACGAGGUUACAGCCUAUGUGGAGAGAGGAGGCUGGUUUACCGCUCACAUUGACCUAACCAAUCUAUUGUUGUUCAAUUGGUCGCCAUCCAGUAUUGCCGGUGGCAUAGUUGACCAUUAG